GUUGUGGUUGCCUGAGUCAUGAACUCAACUGAUUACCAUUUUAAAAACUGUCCGAUUUUGAAAUUGAUAAAAUUAAGCAUGCUGUUCUAUUAUGUUCUUAAUGCUUUUGGUUUUUUUAUUGACUGUCCAUCUUUGUUAAGUAUGACUGUUUUUGUUUUUUCAGUUGGGAUCGCGACAUGCAUUUUAAUACCUAUAUUGAGGGCAGAGUAUAAAGGUCCAACAUUGGCACCAUGGACCAGACACUUGCACAGAACUGUCAGCAUCAGUGGACAAAUGCCAUCAGAAUGUAAAAAUGUCCACACUAAACUAAAAUUUCCAAAAUUACUGGAAGGAUUUCCUGUGGCGUUAUUCCGACAAGACUUUAAGAUGUUGGCCUGGAGUUCAGAGUUUGUCACCAUACACAUCUUGUGGCCGUCACUGUUGUUUUUACCAUGGGGAAUCUCUCUUGCCUUUGGACCAGUACAGCCUCUUGAUUUUAAAAUGACAUUCAACAAGGACAUCUUGGCUGUCGGUGAGACCCUGAGGUUGAACUGUAGCCUGACAACCAAUGAGAGUGCAGUGUUGGAAGUGCACCACAAUCGCCGAUCCUUGACGGAGUUUGUCAGCUAUUCUGAUGCGCAUCAUGUUGAGAUAGUGAUACAGAAUGUAAGCUUGGAGCAGCAUGGAAUGUAUCACUGUUACAAGAACAAGAACCCGAGGCCCAGUACCAUCUCUGUGCAUGUGGCAUACCCCCCAAGGAAGCCAAGAAACAUUAUGUGCGUCUCUGAGAGCCUUGAGAAUAUGACCUGUACCUGGGACCCCGUGAAAACAUCUGAGCAGUUAAACAUCAAGACAAACUGGACUCUCUACUAUAAAAUUGGGAUUGAGAAGAAACUGGAAAUAGAGGGCAGCCUUGUGCAUGACUACGCAUGCCACAACCCUCAAAAGGCAAUGGCUUGUAAGUGGUUCAAGCAUGAACAACACAAUGGCGGGGACUACUUCCGGCCAGGCUACUUCUACCUUAUCUGGGUUAACGCAAGCAACGUGCUGGGUUCAACAUCUUCGGAUCCACAGCUUGUUGACACUAAAGCCAUAGUGAAGUUACGGCCUGUGGUGGAAGUGUCUGUGUCAGCCGUGAACAAGUCCUCAGUACAUGUGAACUGGACCAUGACAUUCCCAUCCAACGGUCGCCUGAAGCUGAUCUACAACAUCUCCCUCACCUGUACAGAGUGUAUGACUGCUCACGUUUGGCGGAAGGGCCCAAUCAGGAGAAAGGCUUCAAAUCCUUUAAUCAAGGUUUUUGUGAAUGACCUUGAGCCAUACACAGAGUACAGGGUUUCUGUGAGAGUAAAGACAAAGACUGGAGGUUACUGGAGUGAGCCGUCAGAACCUAUGACAACUACAACAUUAGAAGGUGUUCCAAGAGGAAGUCCCAGCUUAACAAAUGCCUCUUUCACAGAGUUUCACUCUUCAUCUAAGGGAAGACAACUCACUGUGUACUGGCAGGAUCUGGAGAGAAAGUAUCAGGGAGGGGAGAUCACCGAGUACCUGGUUAACGUGACUCCACCCACUUCGGGGUCAAAGGGCAAAUCCAUAAGUCAGCAUAGAUUGGCAGGGUCACAAGCUAUGUUGAAGUCUCUAAAUCUGGAAGAUGGAAAACAGUACGAGGUGCGAGUGGCUGCUCUCACGAAGCAUGGAUAUGGGCCUUAUUCCCAACCACUGAUUAUCCCCCCUGAAAGUCAAGUUACACCAGGUGUCACCAUGGUAACAUCAGAAGCCAACAGCAGCCUUGGGUUCGUGUCAUGGGACAAACCAGGUGGCGAUAUCCAAGCUACAAAGUUCCUAAUCCACUACUGCCAAGGGCACAUAACUCAGCUAGGCACACACAUAGCUCAGUGCACGGAUGGCUACUCGUGGCUGGAUGUUGAUGGAAACCAGACAUCAGCUACUGUGGUCAUGCCAGAACAUCGAGACAUGUCCAAGUAUGUGAUUGGCGUUUCCAUGGAGACAGAGGUGGGGAACAGUGGCAUCGUGUGGUCACCGUGCAUGUUUAAGAUACAAGGAAUACCUGGUAAGCUUCAGAAGAUAAAGGUCGAAGCAAGGGAAUUUACUUCAGUGACCUUGACAUGGUUUCCAUUGUCAUGUAUGUCAGCCCGGGUCAAGGUCUGGUCAUACGAGGUCAGCAUAUGUGAAGAGGUGGAAGAAAGGUGUACUUGCGGGCAAGGCCGAAUAAUAGAGUUCAAAGGGGUAUGGGACCUACAUACAGCCCGAGUGGAGAGGUUAAGAUCUGGUCAGGCUUACAGCCUAUGUGUGCGAGCCCUUGGGGUGAAUGGCCCGGGUGCCUGGAGCACCGCCGUCAGGGUCACCACAGACAUACCAGCUCCUUGGGGUGUGAUACUCGGUUGCUCGCUAGCAGGUAUUUUCCUGGCUGUUAUGAUCCUCAUUUGGUUGGGAAUCCACCGUUAUCUGAUGACCCCAGUUGUUGACAGUUUUGACAUUCCCAAGGCUGUGAACUUGGAUGUGUAUGACCAGAGUGGGACGAAGGAGGAAGAGGAGAAUGGUUCAAGGGGAGAUAACUUUUACGCACUUGUCCAGGGAGAACAAGAGCCUCUGAUGGCAGUGGAGGGGACAUUGGAGCAAGCAAGCAAACUUCAACAUGUGCCUGUGUUCCCACGACAGCGGUAAUGAUAGUUUGUCAGAGGAGAGUAAUCAGCCGAUUCUGGACGACGACCAGAUGACCACGCCCCUUGACCACCCCCAGAACUCCCCCGUCGGUCAUCAGGGCUAAGGUCAUGCCCUUGUCAAGCACAGACAACAGCUUUCAGGAUGGGGAAAAGAUAGAAAUGAAAUCCAGGGCAACCAACUCCUCUCCUCCUAGACUGAAGCAGAAGAGAGAAAGUGGGUUUUUUUGAUGACGUUAGCCCAGAGCAGCCUGGAGGUCAGUGGCAGAGUAAAAAAAAGAAGCCCCCUGACAGUGCCUACUGUAGAGGUUUGGGUUAGUCCAGUGGGCCAAGGAAGAAGCGGACACUUCAGAAUCUAUCACUGCAUACUCCAGAUUUGAACAGGAGGGUGAGGAAUCUGAAACCCAACUGUGGUCCCUCACUCAGCUCGUAUGUAGUCUAUGAUGACAUUAACAACGCUCCAAAACCUCGUCAGAAACAACCCCUGUUGAAGGCGUCCAGGAAACAAAAGUCUGCCUUCUGCCCAACAAAACUUAAACAUCCUGUAAAGAAAGCUGAGAACAUGGUACUGUUGGGCAACAUCAACAACAACAACAUUAACAGUGAUGGGAAUGAUGUUCAGGUAGAAGUAGAAGAGAUGGAAUUUGAGUCAAACCAAGAAGAACCUGUGGAAACAUGCUCACUUGAAGAUUUGGAUGAAGAUGAAUCUGGUUGGGAUAAGGGCUGUGUGAAAACCAAAUGCCGUACGGAAUGCCUGCCCCCCUUUACCCAAGUCUGAUCUCCACGGAAAACAGCCUGUUAUUGUGCCUUACGUUCAGAUUUCUGUUCAAGGUCACAUUGAAGGUCGUGGUUCUCAGCCAGCUGUUCGAAUCCCUGAAUAUGUGAGUGCCACCCCGGGAGUCUGGUGUACUGUGCCAGGAGCGGUCAGACGGGAUGCUGAAGAAACAUCCCAAAAAGUUCCCCAGUCAGGUGGCUAUGUUUCACACCAACAAAUCUCCAACCUGGCAAAUUCCCAGGGGAUAGUAGCACCCUAUUUAAACACGAUCAGUCCGUCUGCUAACAAUAUGAGUUGGAGGGAUUCGUAAGAAAGUCAUGAAGAACUGAUUGUUGAUAUGAUUGACAGUUUCAACCUCUCUGAUGAAAGCGAUCAUGUGAAACUUUUCCUUGGCCAGUAGAACGAUACUGUGUUUUUAUAUACAUGUAUAUGUGAUGUAAAUUUUGUCAUUUGAGGAGAUGAUUUUGAGAAUCCAAAAACUUCGUCUGUACAGC